AUGAAUGCACCUCUGCAGCUGUUGGCCAGUCUCCACGAGCUGCGGGACAGUGUUUUGACCCUCGAACCCACGCCCAACGAGGUCAUGGCCGGUCUCCGGCAGCCCCUUUGCGAGGCCUUUCGAGCUCUCCUCUGGAACAUGCGCACCUCACGCCCGCCUCACACCUCCACCACCCUCGAGCAAUCAUGUCGAGCUGCUACCGCCAUCUCGGCCGACCAGGUUUAUCGUGCCGUGCACAAACUUGGUCCACAUUUUAAAACCGACAUGCGAGAACAGCAAGAUGCUGAGGAACUGCUCUCCUUUUUGCUGGAUAAGCUGCACCUUGAAGUUGCCGCUUAUUUGGAAAAGCAUCCAGAGCUCAUGGAAGAGGGUGACCUGAGCGCUGGCGCUGGCAAUGACGAUGCUGAGGGCGGUUGGCAUGAGGCCUCUAGCAAGGGGGUGGGCGUCAGCGUCAACACAGUUGAAACGCAUGAUCGGCAAGUUGAGACCCCCAUUAGCAGCGCCUUCACCGUGCGUAUGCGCUCAACGCUGGACAUGAAGGGGCAGCGUCGAAGCGUCACCAUCCAGCCGUACCACUGCUUGCCCUUGGAUAUUGAGCCGGAACACGUACGCUCGCUCCACGAUGCUAUGCGUGAGACGCUACGGAAUGAACCUCUUUAUGCGAGCAGCCAAGAUGAGGUCAUUGGUCACAAGCAGCUGCUACUUGAAACACUGCCUCCCAUUUUGCUGCUUUCCCUCAAGCGCUUCUCCUACGGCCCAUAUGGCCCAAUUAAGCUGCAGAAACACGUCAAAUUCGAAGCCGAGCUUUGUAUCGACCCCGAGUUCAUGAGCCCCACCGCUCGCCAAAUUCAUGGAUCUGACACUGUUUAUGAGCUCGCUGCCGUCUUGUUUCAUCACGGCAGCGAAAGUCACCAAGGACACUACACCUGCUGUCGGUCCACGUCUGAAGGCUGGAUUGAGCUCAAUGAUACCCGCGUCUCGCCCAUCGCCCUUACUGCAGUCUGUGCACCGCGCUCCGGAGCCGAUGCAUAUGUCCUUUGCUACCGAAAGCGAACAGCAGCUUCUGCAUAG